AUGGAUGUUACAUUUAGAGAUGGUCACGAAUAUUCCAAGUUUUUGGAUAAUAACGACCCUCUGGGACGAUUGCGUCAAAGAUUUUUUUUGAAGAAAAACACUAUUUAUAUGUGCGGCAACUCCUUAGGCUUGGCGUCGAAAGAUGCUGAAGAAGCAAUAUUAAAUGUCAUAGAAAAAUGGAAGAGCGAAGGCGUGAAGAUAUGGAACGUAGAUGAGAACAAGUAUUAUAUGUACGCAAUGCACCUAGCUAAAGCUAUGGCCGAGUUAGUCGGAGCAGAUUCCGAUGAAAUAACGAUCACCGGUUCAACAACUGUUAAUAUCCAUCAAGCAGUCAGCACAUUUUACAAGCCAACCAAAAACAGGUACAAAAUACUAGUCGAUGACAUCAACUUUCCAACAGACAGAUACGCUAUCGAUAGUCAAGUGAGGCUGAAAGGAUACGACCCUAAAGAUGCCGUCAAAAUAAUAUCCUGUAAGGAUAGAUUUAUAGACGAAAAAGAUAUUAUACAAGCUAUGACUCCUGACGUUGCUCUUGUUCUGUUACCCGCAGUAUAUUACAGAUCAGCUCAAGUACUCGACAUGGCCAGCAUUAGUGCUGAAGCAAAGAAACGGGGUAUAUUGAUUGGUUGGGAUCUGUGCCAUGCAAUCGGUUGUAUAGAGGUCGAUUUGAAGUCAUUAGACAUUGAUUUUGCUGUCUGGUGCACCUACAAGUACUUGAACGGGGGCCCUGGAGCUUCAUCGGGUCUGUAUAUAAAUAGAAAACAUUUUCAUCUCCUUCCGGGUAUGGCUGGUUGGUUUGGCAAUAGGAAAGAAACUCAGUUUAAAUUGCUCCAAGAGUUUGAUCACCGGAAGGAUGCUAAUGGGUGGCAAAUUGGAACCCCCCAUCUGCUAUCGAUGGCAAGUUUAGAAGGUUCUUUAAACAUAUUCAUUGAAGCCGGAAUGUCGAACAUACGGAGCAAAUCCUUAAAAAUAACGUCAUACUUGAUGUUCCUAGUAGAUAAAAAGCUGGCGCAACAUGGAUUUUCGAUAGGAAAUCCCCGGGAAGAUGAGAAAAGGGGUGGCCAUGUUUGCUUAGAGCAUGACGAGGGAUACAGGAUAUCAUUGGCGUUGAAGGCUCGAGGGGUCGUCCCGGAUUUUAGAGACCCCAACGUCAUUAGACUGACGCCCACAGCGUUGUAUAAUAGCUACGAGGAAGUGUACGAAGUGGUCGAAAUAUUGUUAGACAUAGUUAAAAACGAAACUUAUAAGCAGAUUAGCGAUAAAAGGAAUUUAGUCGUG